AUGUUGUCUGGCUUUGAGAUACAGUCUUUUUUGGAUGUACUGCAAAACAAGAUGGGCGGGGAGUCAAAGGAAUCCAGCCCAGAAGAGCCCCGAACGCUUGCGAAGGAACGUAGCGAAGUGGCGUGUGCAAGUCCUGGUCGCCCCAGCCCAAACCGACGCCAACCACAGCACUGCUGUGCUGCAGAAAGGGACAUCGCCAUCCUGCACUCAAGACUGAAGACAUCAAGCAGGGAAACAAAAGUGCUACAGCGAAAGCUGAAUGCUGUGGAGGUGGAGUGCCAGGAGAAGCUGGAAACGGUGAGAGUCGAGAGAGACGCGGAAACAGUGCAGCUGAGUGAGCAACUGUGUGUGAUGCAAGCAAAGCUGGGUAGGCUGCAGCUCGCUAAAGAGGAGGCUGUUGAGAAGGUCGCGGUUUCACAACAGCAACAACUUGGCGGUAGUAACGAGGACAUAAGAGCUGAACUAAUUGCAACCAUCGCGAAGCUUAAGGAAAUAGAAAGCGAGAAGGAGACCUCCGUUUGUCGCAUUGCUGAGCUCACUACUAAACUGCGAAUAGUGGAAGAAAGGAAGCACCGCGAGGUAGCAGAACUAGAGAAGAAAGUUUGCAACUUAGAGGAGCAGAAGAAUCAGCUUCAAGAGCAGCUGCUUGACAUGGAACGAUGCCUCCUCAACAAUCUAAAGGAAGAUGACUUGGAGAAGGAGAGGUGUAUUCGAGAACUCACACAGAGAGUCACAUUCUUGGAAUCACUGCUUAAAGAAAUGGGGGCAACUGUGGACCUGACGGGUGAUGUCUGUGUCGUGGGCAGUGCCAGCCAAGUCAGCGUAGAGCACAAGCAAGACGCCAUAUGCUCGGAGUCACCUCUCGGAAGGAGAGAUAGCACGGGCUGGGAGGGAACAGACAGUGGGUACAGCCAGUCACCGUUUCACGCAAGCUUCGGACAAAUGCCAUCCCUCACAAGCUCCCGGCAGGAGAGGGAGUGGACGGGGUCGCACGACACGCUCGACUCAACACUACCCUACCUCGCGUUCGACCAGCACGCCGACAUCGCCGACAUGGUGGGCGUGGUCGCGAUGCUCAAGCAGCAGAUCGACGACUACAAGAACGAGAAGGAGAAGCUGGAGGGCAACCACUGCGAGCAGGUAGCCAUCCUGCAGUCGGCUCUCAGCGACCUGCAGGCGAGCAGUGAGGCGAACGCGAGCAUCCUCCGCACGCAGCUCGAUCAGAUUCAGGCGAGCAAGGAGGCAGAGAGGCAGCGCCUUCAGGAGGAGAUCGAGACACUGUUGGCGGAGAAGAACUGGGAGGUUGAGUCGCUCGAGAGACAGAUCGAUGAGCUGAAGCGCUCCCGCAAACUGUCGGACCUGCAGACGGAGCUUCGCGACCGUGAGUGCGAGAUCGAGACGCUGCAGUCGAGCAUUGAGGCGUUGGAGCAGACACAGCAGGCUGAGGUUGUCAUGCUGGAGAGCAGGAUCGACGAUUUGUUCAGUGACAUUGAGCAGGAUGCGCUGACCUUCACGACAAGACUGAAGGACGUCGAGGAGAGGAAGGACCGCACGAUUGCAGAGCUGAAGGAAAAGCUGAAGCAGGUGGAGGCCGACAAGGAUGACAGUCUGUUGCGCAUCAAGGGCGAGAUGAGGGAGAUCACUUUGUACAAGGACUGCGAGAUUUCAGACCUGCGACAGAAAUUAGAAGAGCACGAGAGGACGAACGACGAGGAAGCUACCAGGUUGGAGGAGGAGCUCUCUGCCACGGAGCAUAAGUUCAGCACACAGAAUGUGCCCGAGUUAGAAGCGACGAUUAACUGGUUGGAAAUCAUCAAGGAGACAAAGGAAGUUGAAAUCGAUGGAUUGUGUCAGAAGCUGGCCACGAGGGAUGCUAAAGUGGAGGAGUUAGAGACUAACGGCAAGGAGCUUAAGGCAAAAACUAAGCAGGAUAUGGUGGACUUAGAAACAAAGUUGCAGUGCAAAAGUGAGCUGAUCGCCCUAUCCAAGGUAAUAGUCGAAGAACUCAAGAGCCAGUUGUAUGAGAUGCAGGUGAAACUGCAAGCUUUGGAGAUGAAAGAGCAGAAGAUGCUGAUCAGUGAUAAAGUUAAUACGGUUGUUGAUGGUAAGAAGGAAGAGCUUGCGCUACUGGAAGCAAAAGUGCGCAGUCUGGAAGUGAUACUGGGGUCCGCAAGAAGUGAACACCUACAGGAGGUGCAGAACCUCGAAAAGAGGCUGAUGGCAUUAGGCAACCAACUUGCCAGGGAUCAACAGAGACAGCAAGACUUCCAGAAACGUGAUAAGGACAUACUGUUGCGGGAACUUGAGUCCAAGACUGCCGAGCAGGAGCAGAAAAUCGAAAGGUACACUUCGAAGUUGGAGAGGGCUGAAUCUGUAAUAGAACAGCUGCAGAAUGAAGUUCGACAAUACAAGAGUUCACUGGUGGAAGUUGACACAAUACUGAAAAAUCUGCAAAUAGAGUCAAACCGAAAAGGGAAGCCAGAGCGCGGUGAAGCAGAUAACUCAGGAGAUGAGAGCAGCCAGGGUGAAAAAAGGAUAACCACUUGUGAGGAAUGUAGAGGGGAAGAUAACCUGGUGCUGGGCAGAGCGAGGGAGAUAACCAAUAUCAUUAGAUCCAGCACUGAGAGGUUCCAAGAAGAGGUCGGCUUCCUGCGCUCGCAGCUGCAGGACGAGAUCACGAGGAACCGGAGCCUGCAGACGGAAGUCGGCAAACUGCGCGGCGUUGUGAAGACCGGCUACGCGGCCCUGCAAGAGGAGCAGCUCCGAGUGUCCGACGUAGCACAGCAGCUGCAGCAGCUGCGCCACCUAGCGGACAACAGUUCGAAAGAGGUCGACAAGCUAAAGAAAAAACUAGCAGAGAAAGAGAAGCAGUUGCAGUUGGAGGUUGCUGCUAAUCACCAACUCAGUGCACAGUUGGAGAAGAGUGGGGCCAUGACAAAGGGGAAAAGAAAGUCUGGACGAAGUUUUCCGAGAAACCUCUUCUGUAUGUCAGACCAUACAGUGCCAUGAGAUGGAGCCACCAGAAUACGUUACUAUAGGCUUUCAUCCAUGUCACGUGCAGCAGAAGCCAGUACAGAUCGAUGCUAUUCUUGCAUGCUUCUUCUUACACUUCACACGCAUGCACACAUACACGCGCACGCACACAGGUGCAUACGCAUCAAGAGUACAUAAUAGAGAUCUCUAUUAUGUACUCUUGAUACGCAUAAAUGUAGUGCGUUUUGCUGGCUUAUACAAAUCACCCCCGACUAGUAUAUGUAUAUAUGGAAUUGUAAUCGGGUAGGAAUAGGCUCUAGUAUAUUGUAUUUACAUAAGUACCAUCUGGCAUGGUUACAAAAAUAUUUGAUUCUAUAAGUCGUGGUUCCCAUUAAUUAUUCAUAGCAGGAAAUGGUUAGAUUCUAUAAUGAGGCACUGCUGUAAUAAAGAAUUAUCUAUACUAUUUAUGUGGUAGCAAUUGAGAUAAACCAGUGUAAAGUUUGUGCGCGUUUCGUCUGCAUUGCAUUUUUCAAUGUUUUGUUUGCAAUGUGCAUUUCGUGCGAUUGCAUAUAUAUAUACAUAUAUAUAUAUAUGAAACAAUCUAUUGCUUAACUUUAGUAAAGUUUACAUAAGAACUUCCAUGGUGUGCCAAAUAUAUAUUAAGCAAGGUAAAGGUAAUGGGUACCUUUACAUAUGUGAAUUGUCAGGAAGAUAUUUACAAUACACGCUGUUUUAAAACUAUGCCAGUAGCUCUCAUGGCUAUAUGUGUGAAUUGUGACACAAUCUCUAGACCGUCGUACAGUUCGUAUAGAGUUAGUGGAAAUGCACUUCGACCUCUGUUAGCUUUUUCAGCUAAUCAUUGGAUGUUACUAUUGCCUCUCAGACAGCAACCAGCGGCGUUUGGUGAAUGUAGCUAGCUGGUGCUCAAACAGGAUAGGAAGGAUAGGAAGAUUUUACUAGGUUCUAGUUUACCUAAGGACAGAGUAGGUGUCUUGAUGCGUGCGUCGUUGAUAUACUUGACGCUUAUAUGUAUAUAUAUAUAUGCAUAUUGGGUGUAACAGUCUAGACUUGUGGUUUAAAUCUAGACUGUGGCUUGAUUUCAGCUGCUUUUAUCAGGGAGAGUGACAUCUGUUAGGUAUAUCGGUUAGUGAUAUCUGUUAGGUAAACGUCACGUCUAAUAUAUAAACGGUCCGAUUGCACGCGAAAGCAGUGUAUCAGAGAGGAUAUCUCGUGAAUUUUGAAAUGUGAAUUUAUCUUCUGCUGACCUAAGAAACUAAUUCUGUCACAAAAUCAACCCGAGUUGUGAUCUAAAUUGGCAUGAAAGACAUAGGCAUAUGUCGUACAUCCUUCAUAGAUGAUAAUGAUAUUAACAUCAAAGACGCGUUAUCUAUUGGUAUUAGAAGUUUUCGUGCCAUCGUUACUGUUAUGUCCUAGGAAUAUUUAUUAUUAUGAAUAUUAUAUUACAUUAUUAAAUAUUAUAAUGUUUAUAUGGUUGCUAUCUUAGGUUUCGUUGUGCAGUUGCAGAGGUAGCGUACGUAGCUAUAUCUGUACUCGGUUCAACCAUCCCCAUAUAUUACACAUGUUAUGAUAUAGCACAUUUGUUAAAUAUUAUGUGUGCGUGCGUGCGUGCGUGCGUGCGUGCGCUUGCGUGUGUGUCUACUAUUCUAAUACCGAUGAGGGCGUAUUCAAUGGAGAAGCACAUUCAAAUCGUGUAACUAGCUAGAGUUGGGCGUGAUGUCAUUGUAAGAAGCCUUACGUCAACUACGAUUUUACUGUCGCAAUUACAAUACUAACAGUAAUAUAAUUCCGACACCGCCUUUUGCAGGCAUUACCUAGACUGAGAAUUACUGAGACUUUACUAGAGUUCGUUGAAAAUAAAUUUGAGACCUACAUGGCAAUCAGAAGAUGUCUGCCUAAGCCAGAAGAUUACCUGCAGUUCUAUAUUAUGCAUGCAAUUUAUUCUAGAUGUGAUCAGGAGUGUAUCAAAACACGUGUAUUUUGAUACACUCCUGAUGUGAUAACAAGCUUCUCUAGAUGUGAAUGUGAUAACGAACGCCGAUAGAUGUGAUAAUAUUUUUAUCGUACUUGUUGUUAAUUUCUUUUCCCCGCAUCGCAAUCCAAUAUUAUAUUAUUGUUAUGGAACCUAUACCCAAUGGUUUAUGUUUAUGGUUUGUUGAAAAUAAA